UAUCCGUGCCACUGGAGUGGCGGACAAGGUCUCGGAGUGGACGCGACUACAUAGGUACUCAGACUCCCUCGUCUUUCGCCGGUCCAGGCGAAAGAAUACAUGGGGGAUGGAUAGCGAAGCACCAUUGACGUUCAACCAGGCAGUUCGCGGGAUCAGCGAAUUCAUUGAGGUGGCGAUACACACCAUCCUUUAUGUCCGCCAAGUCUACCCCGUAGACCUCUUCGUGCGGAGGAAGAAAUACGAUACAGUGGCCUUCCAGUCUCGCCAUCCUGCUCUCAAUGAAUACAUUUCCGGAGCUGUCAAGGCCGUAGAAGACGAGCUGGUGCUGGGCGCCCUCGACAAGGUAGUGGUCGUUAUCAAAAACAAGGAUGAGGUUGCCCUCGAACGUUUCAUCUUUGCCCUCCACAGCCUGAUCAAAGUUGAGGCGUACAACAGAGACACCAGUGUGGACGAGGCGAUUACGCCUCGUUCCCUAGGACAGUACUUCCGUUCCUUCCUCGGCAGAUCGAGAGCGGCGGUAAGACACGAUCUGUCCUUUGCGAUUGUUAUUGAACUCCAAGACGACAGGGCACCGGCCGCGUCGACCGACAAUGAUCCACCGCCCUGGAUUCCUGCGGCCGAGGAACACGCCACCGCGGGUGCGUCGGACAAAGCAGAACUACACAUGCUUCGGGUGGUCGAGACCGGAAUUAUCAAUCUGGCUCUCGCGGUGCAGGAGAGUGAGGAGAAACUCAAGCUGUUAUCUUGUGAGGAAGCACCGUCGAAAGGGAAGGGCCGUGCGUUAUGAACAACAUGCUCUCCUUCAGACUACGCGUCCCAGUGAUUCUGGGGCCGCGUAUACCGUCCUGGUACUGGGCGUUCACGCGCUCCGUCGCACCAUUUUCAGCAGCGACAGCGGAGUUGCCCAUGCCGUGUUCAUGAAGCAGCCAAUGGCAAAUGUGCACACGAACAUAUGAAUGAAUGCAAUGAAUGAGAUUAAAGA